AUGCCACAUGUCAUCCAUCAGGAUGGGUCUCACCUGCUAAUCCGUGAGACCUGGUCUCAUACAAUUUUUUCCCCCCGCCGCCGCCGCCGCUCCAAUCCAAUCCCGAUUCGAUUCGAUUCCGGCCGCCGCCCACCCUCUACUCUCCUCUCCGGAACGCAGGCGGCGAUGCGCGGCGGGCGCUCGGGGGGAGGGGGCGGCGGGGGGCUGCGGAACCCGUGCCUGACGAUGCACCAGCCGUGGGCGUCGCUGCUGGUGCACGGCAUCAAGCGCGUGGAGGGCCGGUCCUGGCCGUCGCCGGUGACCGGCCGCCUCUGGAUCCACGCCGCCUCCAAGGUGCCCGACCCCGACACCGUGGCCGCCAUGGAGGCCUUCUACCGGGAGAUCUACGCCGUCGACGGCGUCCACCACAUCGACUUCCCCCAGCACUACCCCGUCUCCCGCCUCCUCGGGUGCGUCGAGGUGGUCGGCUGCGUCAGGUCCGAGGAGCUCGUCUGCUGGGAGGACGUGCCUCAAUCAGUCAGGCUUGAGGGCUUGACUGACUUCUGCUGGCUUUGCGAGAAUCCACAGAAGUUGGUGGUUCCGUUCGAGAUGCGCGGUUACCAGGGCGUGUACAAUUUGGAAAGAAGGGUCUAUGAGGGAGCCGCCAGGGGUCUUUCGCAUGUUCAAGGUCCACUGCCGGUCAAGUUCCCGCUUCCAGAUCCCAGAAACCCAUUAUCUCUCAAGCCAGGGUCUCUUAAUUUCGACUCUUCAAAGUCCGCCCUGGUCAAAACUGAGAGUGUUUCUGCAGCGAUAGCUGGGGCUAGAGCUGCCGCGACUCAGUAUUCGAGGAAGGGCACUAGUGCUGCCACUAGCAGCGAGAUUCAAACUCGAGGGAAAUCAAGGGAAAAUCAUGCCGAUGGCAGUUCAGGGAGUGGUGCUCUGCCGUCUUUUGUCCAGAACAGCCCAUCCCAUCCGCAAAACCAGGAUAGAUCGCCUGUUGUCCAGAACGGUUCACCCCAUCUGCAAAACCAGGAUCCAUCCCCUGUUGUCCAGAACAGUUCAUCCCAUUCGGUAAACCAGAAUACAUUCCCUGUUGUCCAGAACAGUCCAUCCUACGCACAAACUCGGAAUUCUCAGUAUAUGGUUCAGAGCAGUCCAUCCUACUCGCAAACUCACAAUCCUCAGCAUAUGGUUCAGAGCAGUCCAUCCUACGCGCAAACUCGGAAUUCUCAGCAUAUGGUUCAGAGCAGUCCAUCCUAUUCGCAAACUCAGAAUCCUCCGUAUAUGGUGCAGAGCAGUCCAUAUUCGCAGAACACUCCAUCCUAUUUGCAGAACCAGAGUCGAUCGUCCAAUAUCCAGAGCACUCCAUUCUAUUUCCAUGACCAAUAUCAAUCGUCCAAUGUUCACAACAGUCCAUCCUACUUCCAUUAUCAGAACCAAUCCCCCACUGUCCAAAACAGUCCAUCCUAUUCUCAUGACCAGAAUCCACCAUCCAAUGUCCAGAACUACCCAUCCCAUCUGCAAAACCAUAACCCAUCUCCCGUUGCCCACAACAGUCCAUCAUUUUUGCAACACCAGAACGCCGAGCCUCGGAGAAGUCCCAGACUACAGGGUGGAGCUCCCCACAGGCUCGUCGCAGCGGCGUUGAGAGACCUGAAGCAAUCAAGCUUGCGCGAGAGCGGGGAGCAGUCGUCAGCUCCCAGAAGCUGA